GACUACAUAUCCUAUUCACCAGAGAAAUCUUGGCCAACCGAUCUCUCAGCCAUGCCAAAGUUUCGCCAAAUUUUCCGUCUAAAAUGCUUGUGCCUAUUGUUAUGUAUGGCGGGUUGCAGUCCUCCUGAGGAUCCCAUCAAGUGUGCAUCCAAAAACACAAACUGCACGAUAACGAACUCCUAUGGCGCCUUCCCUGAUCGAAGCGGAUGUCGAGCAUCAGCUGUGGCGUACCCCACAACAGAAGAAGAGCUUAUAUCAGUUGUAGCAAAGGCAGCCAUGGACAGAACCAAGAUGAAGGCAGUAACUCGUUUUUCUCACAGCAUUCCUAAGCUAGUUUGCACUGAUGGCGAGGAUGGACUUCUUAUAAGCACCAAGUACCUCAACCGCACAUUGAAUAUCGACCCAUCAGCAAUGACAAUAAGUAUAGAGAGUGGGGCGACUCUAAGGCAGGUUAUCGAUGAGGCUGCCAAGGCUGGGUUGGCAUUGCCUUACGCACCAUACUGGUGGGGCUUGACCAUUGGCGGUCUACUCAGCAGUGGGGCACAUGGAAGCUCGUUGUGGAGCAAGGGGAGUUCAGUUCAUGAAUACGUUGAGCAACUUCGAAUCAUCACCCCAGCUGGGCGUGAAAAUGGAUACGUUCAAGUCCGGACACUUGACACCAGCCAUGAAGAUCUCAAUGGAGCAAAGGUCUCAAUUGGAGUUCUUGGAGUUAUUUCCCAGGCAACAUUGAGACUGCAACCCCUCUUCAAGCGAUCCAUCAACUACACAAUGAAGAACGAUUCAGAUUUGGCUGAUCAAGCAGCAACAUUCGGCAACCGGCAUGAGUUUGCAGAUAUCACAUGGUACCCUAGUCAAGGAAAGGCAGUCUACCGAAUCGAUGAUCGCGUCCCCUCCAACACCUCAGGCAAUGGCCUAAAUGACUUCACUGGCUUUCGCUCCACAUCUUCACUGGCACUGGCUCUUUUAAGAACUACAGAGGAGAACCAAGAACUCAAGGGCAAUGCUGAUGGGAAGUGCACGGCUGCAAAGCUGAUGACACUGGCCCUCAGUCGCACAGCAUAUGGCUUAACCAACAAUGGUAUCAUUUUCACUGGCUAUUCCGUCAUUGGAUAUCACAACCGCCUCCAGGCCUCCGGCACCUGCCUUGACAGCAUUGAGGACGCUCGGAUCACAGCAUGCCCAUGGGAUCCACGGGUGAAGGGACAGUUCUUUCACCAAACUACAUUCAGCAUUGCUUUGUCCCGAGUCGGGAGUUUCAUUCGAGAUGUGCAGAAACUACUGGAGAUCGAACCCAAAGCCAUGUGUGGCCUGGAACUCUACAAUGGAAUCCUCAUGCGAUAUGUUAAGGCCUCAACCGCAUACUUGGGCAAACAAGAAGACGCACUGGACUUCGAUAUCACAUACUACAGAAGCAAAGACCCCAUGACUCCCAGGCUUUAUGAAGACAUUCUGGAAGAGGUAGAGCAGAUGGGGUUGUUCAAGUAUGGAGGACUGCCACACUGGGCGAAGAAUCGGAAUCUGGCGUUCGAUGGAGCCAUCAAGAAGUACAAGAAUGCCUGGAAAUUCUUGAAGGUUAAAGAAAGGUAUGACCCAUUAGGACUGUUCUCCAGUGAGUGGACAGACCAAGUUCUUGGACUGAAAAAAGGGGUGACCAUAUUCAAGAAAGGGUGUGCUCUAGAGGGGCUAUGCAUAUGCUCAGAGGACUCCCACUGUGCCCCCGAAAAGGGCUAUUUUUGCAGACCAGGCAAGGUUUAUAAGGACGCCAGGGUUUGCACACUUUCAAGGGACGAAACAUACCAUUGAAACAGUAUCUGAAACAGACUCAGAACU